AUGGAAUACUUGGCUUCGCGUCCGGACAGAGAACUGCUUCCGAACACUGACGACUUGAUUGGCGCGUCCGAAUCCCUGGCGAGACUGGCGCAUGUGUAUCGUCUUAAUACUACCGAAUUGGCUCGCGGGAGUCUUUUUACUGCAGUGGACCAGGAAAGGGAUUCGUCAUACCAUAUGCUUUCAAUGAGUGACUUGGCCCACAUCGGUCUGGUGGCGAUCAACAAGGGCUUCUUUGGCGUCGCGGUGGAGUUCCUGAAGGCGGCCAGGUCGAGGGCCAGCGUCCACGGGCAGGUGUCUUUCGAGGAAGGCUUCGGUGCAGAUUAUACGCCGCAGAAACUGGAGGAGUUGAUCAGCACGGCCGUCAGAGUGCUAUCUACGUAUCCAUAUAUUAACCUAAAGGCAUCCUUACCACAGCAUGACCACGUGCUUGACAUGCGCGGGCCCCGGUCCCUGACGCACGCCACGGCGCCGCGCCCUUACGCAAAGGCCCGUGUCCGCGGAAGUGCCACGAAAACUCCCGAGCUCUCCGAGGUAGUGAUGGGCACGGAGUUCCUAAAGAGACACGUCAACACCACGUGGAUGAGGAAUUACCGACAGUUGGUGGAACUACAGCAGGUGGAACGUCUGUGUCGCGGCGAAGACUUGAGACCGCCACAAGCAACGUCUCAGCUGACAUGCCGCUACAUGACAGGAAACAGCGCCUGGCUCCUGCUUGCUCCCUUCAAGGUGGAAGUCCUCUCUCUAGAGCCUUACAUCACGAUCGUGUACGAGGUCAUGAGGCCGCGAGAAGCUGAGGAGGUCAAGGCUAAGGCAGGUCAUCUCCUACAAACGCCGCAUAACCCAGCUUACGGCACCGGCGAAAACGGGACCCAGAGUGGGUGGACGCUGAAGCACACAUGGCUUCAGGAAAAGGACGAACCUGCUCUUCAGAUCUUGGGUUUUCGUCUCAGUCAGCUGAUUGAUGUGGCGCUGGACGACGCUGCCUCUGAGCCUUAUAUGGUCGCGAACUACGGCAUGGGCGGUACCUACGAGGCGCAUAGGGACACCCACGGUCCAGCCAGGAGACCUCACAGCGAGAAGGCCGGAGAGCGACUGGCUACCUUGUUGACUUACGUGGAGGCGCCGAGAGCAGGCGGGCGCACUGUGUUUCCUUGGGUGGGAGCCGGCGUCUCUCCUACAGAAGGCGCGACAGUCAUCUGGUGGAAUCUCUUGGCUUCCCAUGAACACGAUUUCCUCACGCGCCAUGCAGCUUGUCCGGUUCUACGAGGGCAUAAGUGGAUCAUCAACAAGUGGGUCGGAUACAAGGCUCAGUGGAGGAAACACCCAUGCCCGGUCGACCCAGCGCGCAAGAUACAGUUGCCUUCAGCCUAACAUUGUCACAGGGAUUUCGUUUGAAUGCAAGGUACUUAUAACUGAUAUGAAUUAAUAAUAGCGUUAAAGUAUCUUGGUUUAAAUGCAAGGUGCAUGUAUAACCUGAUAUAAAUGGAUAAUAGUGUUAAAGUACCUUGAGUUUGAAUGCAAGAAGGGCU